AGAGAGAAAGAGAGAGAGGAAUUGGUGGGGAUCAAGUUUAAAAUUAUUAAAAUCUAAUCAACAAAAAAUAUUUUUGUACUUUAAUCCAAAAUUAAUCAUAUAAUAACUUUUAAUUUAUGAAGUAGGGAUAUAUAAUUAAUAAUUUUAUAAAAAAUGACUAUAUGAACAUAUCCCAAUCGAAUUAUCCAACUAAUUCAUUAGAAAAUCAUAAAAAGAAGAGCAUGAAUGAAAAGAAAAUGGGAAUUUUGAUCCGGAAAAACAACUUUUUUUAGACAUGGGGCCCGCCCGAUUCGAACAAGAACAGAAUCGGGUUCCAGCUACCGCUUUUCCCACCGAAACGAGCAAAAAAUUCCACCGGGAAUCGCGACCACUUUUCCUUUUUCAUCUUCCUUUUUCAUCUUCGUCUUGCUGCUGCUGCUCAGAUUUUAUUUACUACUAACAAAUAGAUACAAAAACAAAAAGACAGUCCUCUGUAUUUUACAAUACACUCUCCCGCAGCUUCUGAGCCCGAAGAAGAAGAAUGGAAAAAGCAAUGGUGAAAAUGGGGAGCAUAAAAGCUGGCAGCUUUUGGCUGUCCAAGAAAGCUAAGGAAGAGUUCAAUAACAUUUCUCAAGAUCUCACUACUGUCUCAAACGUUGUUGAGGAAAAGGCAAAAUGGAUCUUCGAUAAGCUAAAAGGAAAACCACUAAGAAGCUUGCCUGAUCUUCUACGAGAGUACAAUCUGCCACCGGGCCUUUUCCCGACCAACGUCACAGCAUACGAGUAUGAUGAGACCAAGUCGAGGCUGACUGUUCACUUGCCCUUUGCUUGUGAAGUGAGCUUCAAGGACUCGUCUGUCCUAAGGUAUGCCCCUCGUGUCAAAUGCAUUCUCCUCAAGGGUAAGCUCAUCGGCAUAGAAGGGAUGAAGACAAAGGUCCUCGUGUGGGUCAAGGUCACAAGCGCGGCUGUUGAGGGCAGCAAGUCAGAAAAGCUCUCUUUCACCGCGGGUGUUAAGAAGUCGAGGCCUAAGGAUGCUUACGUCGUGCCCCGUGAAGCUGUUAGAGUUGAAGAAUUUUGAGGGCAGAAUGCUGAUGAUAUAUAUCUCUGUUUUUUUACUGGCAAUGGUGAUGAUGGCCUAGGUAGGAUUUUGUUAUUCCCUUGGUCCAAAUAUUAUUAGGAGGAUCAUCAUCACAUUUUAAGUUGAUUCAUUUGUAGAAGCAUCAUAUUCAAUCUAUUUUGAAGAGUUCGUUACUCAAAAA